AUGCGCCAAUCCAAGAUCCAUUGCGUCAUCCCACACUUCCCAGCUUCUUGCGCCAGACUCCCAUCCCACUAUCGCUUCACCUUAACCGCAACUCCUCUACGUCUUCUACACUGUCACCAAACGAACGUGAAAUCCCAGCUCACCAACUAUCGCCCACUCUCCGUACAAUACCCGACCCGAUCUCCCCUCCCCACCACCUGCAGGACUUUCUCAACCUCAACGUAUACCAUGGCCUCCGACGACGCCUACAUGUCCUUCUUGGACAAAGCCAACGCGGAUGUGAGCGGGGAUAGCUCCCAGCAAGGGAGCUCCGUCAAGACUGAGACCGUGCACAGCUCCGUCUCAGUCCCCAAGGCCCUACAAUCCGUCGAUGUUUACUACGUCUCCGACACAGACGAGCCCUUCGAGCCCGUCGCACUAAAGUGGGAUGGAGCCGCAAAGGGAUCAUGGCCAAGCGCUGACCAGCUCUCCUCCCUGAUCUCCCCCGAUACCGACCUUUCCCAAUCCAUUUCAACUCUAUCCCCAUCCGACUUCGACCCACAAAACCAGUACUCUAAGGUCUUGGAUGCUGUGCGCGAGGCGGGCGCCGAAAAUGACAAGUCUGGCGAGCUGAAGAUCUAUCGGGUGGAAAUCACUAGUACCAAGAUCGAAUACUGGGUUUUGGCAUUGCAUAAGCCGGAGAGUCGUAUAGUUGGACUCCGUGCGAAGGCUGUCGAGUCAUGA